AUGCCAACUACAACCACAGACACUUCUCCAUUCACAACUACUUCAUUAACUACAACAACCAUUACCACACCAACUACCACAACCACCCCACUAACCACGACAAGCAGUACUACAACCACACUAACUACAACCACAGCUCUCCCAACAACAACCCACUCAAUCUAUAAUCAACAAUCCCCCAACAACUACCCCACUAACUACAACCACCACUACACCAACUACAACAACCACUCAAACAACAACCACCACUCCCCAAACAAUUACCCCACUAACUACAACCACCACUACACCAACUACAACAACCACUCAAACUACAACCAACACUCCCCCAACAAUUACCCCACUAACUACAACCACCACUACACCAACUACAACAGCCACUCAAACUAUAAUCAACAAUCCCCCAACAACUACCCCACUAACUACAACCACCACUACACCAACUACAACAACCACUCAAACUACAACCAACAGUCCCCCAACAACUACCCCACUAACUACAACCACCACUACACCAACUACAACAACCACUCAAACAACAACCACCACUCCCCCAACAACUUCCCUACUAACUACAACCACCACGACACCAACUACAACAACCACUCAAACAACAACCACCACUCCCCCAACAACUACCCCACUAACUACAACCACCACUACACCAACUACAACAACCACUCAAACAACAACCACCACUCCCCCAACAACUACCCCACUAACUACAACCACCACUACACCAACUACAACAACCACUCAAACUACAACCAACACUCCCCCAACAAUUACCCCACUAACUACAACCACCACUACACCAACUACAACAACCACUCAAACUACAACCAACAGUCCCCCAACAACUACCCCACUAACUACAACCACCACUACACCAACUACAACAACCACUCAAACAACAACCACCACUCCCCCAACAACUUCCCUACUAACUACAACCACCACGACACCAACUACAACAACCACUCAAACAACAACCACCACUCCCCCAACAACUACCCCACUAACUACAACCACCACUACACCAACUACAACAACCACUCAAACAACAACCACCACUCCCCCAACAACUACCCCACUAACUACAACCACCACUACACCAACUACAACAACCACUCAAACUACAACCAACACUCCCCCAACAAUUACCCCACUAACUACAACCACCACUACACCAACUACAACAGCCACUCAAACUAUAAUCAACAAUCCCCCAACAACUACCCCACUAACUACAACCACCACUACACCAACUACAACAACCACUCAAACUACAACCAACAUUCCCCCAACAACUACCCCACUAACUACAACGACCACUACACCAACUACAACAACCACUCAAACUACAGCCAACACUCCCCCAACAACUACCCCACUAACUACAACCACCACUACACCAACUACAACAACCACUCAAACUACAACCAACACUCCCCCAACAACUACCCCACUAACUACAACCACCACUACACCAACUACAACAACCACUCAAACUACAACCAACACUCCCCCAACAACUGCCCCACUAACUACAACCAGCACUACACCAACUACAACAACCACUCAAACUACAACCAACACUCCCCCAACAACUACCCCACUAAAUACAACCACCACUACACCAACUACAACAACCACUCAAACAACAACCACCACUCCCCCAACUACCCCACUAACUACAACCACCACUACACCACCUACAACAACCACUCAAACUACAACCAACACUCCCCCAACAACUACCCAACUAACUACAACCACUACUACACCAACUACAACGACCACUCAAACUACAACCAACAUUCCCCCAACAACUACCCCACUAACUACAACGACCACUACACCAACUACAACAACCACUCAAACUACAACCAACACUCCCCCAACAACUACCCCACUAACUAG